UUCCUGGCGUUGCACACAGCUUCUCACCAAACGUUAGGAAAGAACUUCUGAUUUCAGGGGAGGGGGACUUCAGAGAGGCUUGCCUUGCACAAGCCCUUCUGCUUGCGUGCCUUCGGUGGCCUUUAGAAAGGAGGUGAGCACGCAGGAAAGCAUCGGCUGAUGGAAAAUGACACAUCUGGAGGGGAAAGAGGCUGUGGUGAGGCACCUACGGGCAAAGCUCCAAGGGAACAGGAAAGACCCUCCCAAAGCAGGCGGCUGGCCGGAGAAUCGCUCUGCAGCACUCCCUGCAACGGAGCUGGGACAGACCCCCGCGCUGGGCUCCAAGGGUGAGCCACCUCCCGAGACCUCCCAGACCAGAAGGGUGGACUUCAGCAGGGCUUCUCCAUCUCACAGGAAAGGUCAGAGUGUGGGACAGCGUUCACCUCCUCAUCCCAUCCGUGAGACCCCGGGAUGGAUGACGCAACUGAAGAAGGGGACUGCUCAAGACACCAGCUUCCCCUCAGCCCCUGCAAAGCCAGAAGGAGGAGAUGCAUUGAACAAGGAAGUGGGAGCCACCUCCGUUCCUCCCCAGAGAAACCCAGCCCAGCAGACACGGCCACUUGCCAAAGACAAGGGUUCUCCAGCAGUUCCUGCCAAAGGCCCAGCUGUUGCAGCCUCCCUGGCCGCUGCGGGAAGCCCCCCCGGGACAGGGCACCCAGCUGUGCCUCGGAGGAAGCCGUUGCCACACGUCAAGGUGCUGGGAGCGAGGCCGGCCAAGCCCAGGCGCCCUCCUGUCGUGGAUCUGGGAAAGUUUGGCGCAGCUGCACGUCCUGCGACACCCGCUCGUCCUGCCACAGAGGCACCAAGGAGCGCUCAGCCCGGUUACCUGAAACCAGGAUAUGUUGCGUCAGCCCCGUCGCGGUUCCCACCACAGGAUGCUACGAGUGUAACGGGGGCUGAAGAUGAGAUAUAUGAUGAUGUAGAGCCUGUUGGGAUCCUCAGGAGAGGCCAAGGCUUUAUGCUGCCCGCCACGUCCCGGCCACCAGUGUAUCCUCGCCCUGGAGGAGGUGAAGGUGCUGGUCGAGCCUCUCACAGGGUUGUUUUGCCGGCAGCUGCGCAGAGAGAAGCCCAAGUCUCCCGGAAGAUGAAGCCAAUGACGCUCAAAGAAUGCAAGAAGGAAGAGAAGGCAGACAGGGAGUUUCAGAAGAAAUUCAAGUUCGAAGGAAGCAUCAACGUCCUGACUCAGAUGAUGGUGGACCCCGCAGCGACGGAGAAGAGGGGCGGAGGGAAGAACCUGCCGCUGAGACGAGGAGAAAUUCUUGAUGUCAUUCAGUUUACAAAUCAGGAGCAAAUCCUCUGCCGAAACAGCCAGAGGAGGUAUGGCUACGUGCCCCGGGCCGUGAUGCUACACCUGGACACUGACAUCUAUGAUGACGUGGAGAUUUACGGUUGAGCGAUCCAUGCUAAAGCCCAAGGCACGAGACAGCACCAACAGAGACCUCGCCAAGGGCCGGAACAUGAAAAGCACUAUAUGCCACGCUCCUCCUUUGGAAGGAGCUCCGCUUCCUCUGAGAUACCACCGUGUCCCUGCUGAAGCAGCGGCCGGGGCUGC